GCGGGCGCUUGGCAGGCAAUUGCAUUGCCCCGUUGUACAUGGCGACGCCGCUCCAACACAAGCUCGAAAGUCGCCAACCUGUCAAAGAUUGGCGCCAGAUAAGCCUCACGGAGACAAUGUCGCAGACGGUGGGAUUCUUUUGUCAUUGUCAACAAGACCGGCCAUUGCGAGAGGCGCGUGCCGCUGCCACUGGUUCUCAAGUUACAAGACAACCGUUCCCGCAUGGAUAAAGCAGCUCGGGUUCACAGCAAUGCCUCAAACCGGGCAGGCACCCGCGCCGUCUCAGACCGCCGCGUGGUUUACAAGGGCGUGUUGGACAAUCCGUUCACCGUGAAAUGGCCGUCAUUGGCGCCAAACGUGCAGAACACUCUUUUGGCCCGCUUGAUAGCUCUGGCUGAAGCCGUUGGGAACUAUCAUCUUGAGCGCGAGCGACAGAGCAAACAAAAGAAACGCGAAAGGAGAAUCUCGCAGAGGCGGCACGAUGCCGCGCGUGAGGCCCCCAAGACGCAACAGGCAGCCAACGACCCACAGGAUUCUGUCUGUUCUCUCUCGCUAACUCCCGCGGGACCAGCUCCCCACGAAGGCAUGUCCUACCCGGAGGAACCGGCAAUCCUCAAGCACCUUGUCGUAGGGGUGAACGAGGUCACUAAGCGCCUUGAAGACCUGGCGAGACAGUUUCAGCGAACCGACGUCAAUCUGAACUCGACACGCGGUGACCGUACUUCCACCGUAGCCGUCGUCUUCAUCUGCAGAGAAGAUAUUGAUCCACCGAUGCUCGUUUCCCACUUUCCCUCCUUAGUAGCGUCCGUUAACUCCGCGUUGGCUCGGGCUGCAUCCUCCCAGGCUCACAACGUACCUUACAUCAAGCUCGUGCCUUUCCAUAAGGGUGCUGAGGCCUCGUUGGCAGCGGCCAUAGGACUACGUCGUGCCGCCGCUCUGGCCAUAGAGACACAUGCUUCGCAAAUUCACUCGUUUCUGGAUAUCCUGGAAGCUAUCCCCCCAUUAGUUGCCCCGUGGUUGGCGAAACAGUUCCCUGGAUGUGUUUCCGACAGACUGCUGGAGGCAACACAUGUCAAACACUUGAGGACUACUGCACCGAUUGAUAUGCGUGCUGCAAAAGAAGCGCGUGUAAAGGCAAAACAGGUUAUCAAGGCGAAGUCGAGAGAAGAUUUCAGACCGCCAAAAAGGCGGAGCGAUCGUGGUGCCCAAACGCGGAAGAGAGCGAGAUUAUCCAACGACAGUCAACUUUCUGAGAGUGGGCUCCCAUGA